AUGAAGUAUCCGCCACUAUCCUCACUAGAGAGGCGUGACUUGUUAAUCAUGCGGUGACACAUGUGUUUCAUAGCGACUCUUCAUCAUCUAAAGGUACUGAACCGCAGAAUAACGUCACCAUCACUUCUUUGUCUACGUCUACUCUAUCUUCUUGAUAAUAUAGCAGCGAGGGGGACAGCAAUCGUCAACUCUUUGUUGUCAUCGAAAGAGUAUCCUUGUGGUAUCUCUUCAACAAGUCGACCUCACAAAAUGAUGUACUCUCGACGCGGCCUUUCGCUAUUGGUGCUGUUGGCCUUGUUGCUCGUAACCUACGCGGCGACAAACUCAGCCUACUGGAUUCAGUGGGCUGUGUUCCUCAUCUUCAUGGCCAUGUUGUUAUGACAAGGAUGAUGAGCAAAGCCACUUGUUCUAUUCGAUCUCGAUCACUUUUUCUGAUAUAAAAAUCAUGACCAUCAAGUUCAACAAGAAUACCUCUACCUCUACCGUUCGAUUUCGGUAUGCGAAUGUUUUCAGCGUCCUCCUUAAAGACUACCUCCUUAAAAACUACCUCCUUAAAAACUACCUCCAAAAACACCUCUCCCCCGCAGACCCCACCACUCGAUUUCCUAAAGCGUUCUUUCCAACUUUGAAAAGUCGUAUUUCUGCAGGAAACCCUGUAAUUCUUGCUGUGUCAUCUGGUGGAAGGGUAACAGGCGUCUUUCGCUGAAGACAAACAAGUCUACCUCCUUAAAAACUACCUCCUUAAAAACUACCUCCUUAAAAACUACCUCCUUAAAAACUACCUCCUACCUCCUCCUUUAAAAACGGCCAAAAACACCUCUCCCCCGCAGACCCCACCACUCCCUCCAGACCCCACCACUCCCUCCAGACCCCACCAUUCCCUCCAGACUCCAUCUUCCUCUUUGUCUUUCAUUGUGGUACAUCUGCGACCUGAUUUUCCUUGGGGAUGGCGCUUUCGACUUCGACCCGUUCUACGCGUCCUACGCCAAAAAGACGGAACCAACCUACUUCACGCAGAAAAUCGGCUGAAGUCUUCGUCAAACAGGGGAUAUGAUCGAGGUGGAAAUCGAGAUGAGCAUGAGUAUUUCAAUUCACUUUCGGAGGCGGACAGAAAAAAGGUAGAUCGUCGUCGUGUGAAGGAGAGGAUGGCCUCCUAAGAACGAAGUACUUCCACGUUGAUUUGAUCGUUCUUUCUUCAAGGAUCUCGAAUCUUCAAUUCUGGGCUAAUAUUCUAACGAUAAGUUGUGUUGGGACGUUGGAUAUCGCUCCUGUUUUCACUUAGACAUGAUCAAGUACAACUACCAUCAACAUUAAUAACAGCGGGUGUAGUAUAAGAUUUUUUGACGUAAGUAAAUCGACUGGUGUGAUGCCGUGAGAGAUUCGAAGGUUAGUUUAAUUCACGACUUUUCAUCGAAUCUCAUAUCGGAACCUCAACAACAACAUAAAAAUAUAUAAUCAUCGUUGUGGCUACCCUUUUAGAAGUAUCUCUUUCGCUUCAACAACAUUCUUGUUGCAGUCACAUAGAAAAAUAAUCAAACACCUCUCGUCGUCCUAAUCUGGCUGGUCGAGGAUCUCUCGAUUUCGGCUCGAGUUCGUGUAGUUGCGGCGGAUCUUCUUCAUCAGACUCCACAUGCUGUUCAUCAGACUCGGACAAUGAAUUCUCUAUUUCCGCUCUAGUUGAU